AGAGCGACAUCUGUGUCAUUGGUUCAGCACCCAAACGGACCUUGUUCCGCACAGCCUUGAUUUUGUACCUUAACCUCAGCGUAGAAAUCAAACCUUUACCUCAGCGUAGAAACCAAACCCCCCGACCAUCAUGGCGCUUCCGCGGCAACUACGAGAUGAAAGUGACUUUGAUCAGCUUCCAGAUAACAUACCCAUCAGUGCUACCAUAGCAGACAUUGUGGAGAAGAAGGGGUUCAUUGUCUACUAUCAAUUUGUGAUAGAGGUGAAGACUAAGGGAGGUAGCAAGUACCUGAUUUACAGACGCUACCGCCAGUUCUUCACCCUACAUCAAAGUAUGGAGGUCAAGCUCGGAGCUCAAUCAGGCUCAUGCACUCUCCCCACCCUGCCAGGGAAGGUAUUCAUGGGAAAUAAGCAGGAGAUAGCCGAGAAAAGAAUCCCAGAGCUCAACACUUACAUGAAGAGAUUACUCGGUUUGCCCACAUGGGUUCUGCUGGAUGAUCUGAUCAGAAUGUUCUUCUACCAGACGGACUCUGACAGCCAGCAGGUCCCACGGGCCCUGCGUCGCCUCAGACCCCCCACACGCCGCGUGAAAACCAUCAAGCCCAAAACUGAUCUGCUCUCCUCCCCCAGGGCUGAGGCGAUGUUUGACUUCAGCGGGAGCGGGAAGCUGGAGUUGAGCCUUAAGGCCGGUGAGGUGAUCUUCCUGCUCAGGAGAGUCAACGCCGACUGGCUGGAGGGGACAGUGAGGGAUAGGACAGGGAUUUUCCCAGAAUCCUUUGUGAAGAUCAUCAAGCCGCUGCCGGGGAGCGAGUCUGAUGAUGAGGGGGCAGACGUGGGCUCCAAGGCCCCCGGGGUCAGCGCCUACAGCUGCCUGCGCUGCUACCUGCUCCAGCCCCAGGGCAUCGACACCAGGGACCUGUGUGUGGAGGAGGACCUCUCUACACAGCCCACCUACAUGGAGCUGCUGUCACGGAUGAGGGACGUGUUCCAGGUCCAGGACAUCGCUCUGAACUACCGCGACCCUGAGGGGGACCUGGUGCGCAUCCUGGACGAUGAGGAUGUGACACUCAUGGUGUGGGAGAGCAAAACUCACAAGUCAAAGGUCAAGCGGCCGGUCAACCAGUACCCCUGGGAGCUGCACGUUACACUCUCCUCUGACCUUACUGUUUACAACACAGAGUUCUAGGCUCACGUGUCUGUGUGUGUGUGUGUAAAUGUAAGUGCAAACAUGUUCAUCUCUUUUCAUGGGCACCAUGUUUUUUUUAUUGUAUAAGGUAUGUUAUGUAAAGGAACAAACUUCUACUUGUAGCUGUAAUGUUGCCUUCUUGACUCUUCAAGCAGUAUUCAAAUAAACAUCUACCACUGAA